UAACAUUAAAAAGAACAACAACAGUUAUAAUUGGUCAUAUUAUUUUUCAUACUACGAGUGCAGAAAUUUUGUGAAGUUUUCUUAUUAGCAGCUGAGAAAGAAACAGGAAUUUAUAUAUAUUUUUAAUUUAUAAUAAAUAUUUUAACUUUUGUAAACAACGUAGUAAAUGUAAAAAACAGCUUGGCAAUGCCUAUGAUACUAUUGAGUAAAUCUGAUGAAGAGUAUUUGCAAAAAUGUGCCACACAAAUGAACUUUGCCUAUGGCAUCAUUAUUGGCCAGAAAGCUGAACCGGGCAAAUAUGUGAUUGUUCACUUGGCCAAAAACGGCGAAGAGGAAAUUGAUUUUCCCGUACUUAAUCAGGAAGAAGGUGCCGCUUCUCAUGGUCCUCAAAAAGUGGAAGAUAUUGAUUUGCAGGCCUUAUCAAAUCAAUGGUUAAGUGCUCAUAAAAUGAUUCCUGGUUCAUUUAAUAUAUUGGGUAUUUUCGUUACUGGCAUACGUAAGGAUCAUAUUGAUGAACAAUCUGAAGAAUUUAAAACUGCCAAAAGACUGUUUUAUGAUAUGCACAAGUGA